AUGUGUCUGUCAUUAAAACAAUCAGUAGGAAUUAUUGGUGGGAAACCGAACCAUGCUCAUUGGUUUAUCGGUACUUUUGAGGAUGAACUGAUCUACCUCGACCCACACACCACCCAGCCUGUCGUUGACAUCGGGUCAACAAACACCACAGGAGACGAAUCUUACCACUGUUGCCAUGCCUCCCGUAUGAAGCUGAAUCAUCUGGACCCCUCCGUUGCUCUGGGGUUUUUCUGCUUGACCGAAGACGAAUUUGAUGACCUUUGCAAAGCAUUCCGGCAGAAUAUGGUCAGCAAGACACCAAUGUUUGAAAUUCAUAAGCUCCGGCCCAAACAUUGGCCUCCUGAAGCAUACAUGGCUGCUGGUGGAACCUCGAAACCUGUUUACGUCAAUGUUGAUUUCUGUGAUACCGAAGACGAAUUUGAACUGCUUGGCUGA